GUCCACGCGCCCUCAUCUCCUCCCCAACCCGUUGUCCACUGCCUCCAGGCAAACCGGCAGCGCCGCCGCCGGCGAUGACCACCGCGCGGCUCGUCUCAACAUCCCCCGCCCGCCUACCCUCCACGUCGGCUUCCCCGAUUCCCAGAACCUCGCUGUGUGUUGUCGGUCGUGCCCCUGCUUUCUCCGCUAGGGCGCUCGGCUUCUCGCUUCGUCUCAAGCCGUCGCCUGCCAUGGCCGCCGCCGGCCCCCCUACCGCGCAUGGAGACUCAAUAGGUGGAUCUUCUAGGAUUGGAGAGGUUAAGAGGGUGACCAAAGAGACAAAUGUGCACGUGAAGAUCAACCUUGAUGGCACUGGUGUCGCCGAGUGUAGCACAGGGAUACCGUUCUUGGAUCACAUGCUCGAUCAGUUGGCAUCACAUGGACUCUUUGAUGUCUACGUUAAAGCAAUAGGCGACACCCAUAUUGAUGAUCAUCACUCAAAUGAGGACAUUGCUUUGGCAAUUGGAACGGCACUACUUGAAGCACUUGGUGAUCGAAAGGGAAUUAACCGAUUUGGUCAUUUUACAGCACCGCUUGAUGAGGCAGCGGUUGAGGUUAUACUGGAUCUGUCUGGUCGCCCUCAUUUAAGCUGUGGCUUAGAUAUUCCUACUCAAAGAGUUGGCACAUAUGAUACACAGCUGGUUGAGCACUUCUUCCAAUCUGUGGUGAACACAUCUGGGAUGACUCUUCACAUCCGUCAGCUUGCUGGGAAAAACUCACACCAUAUCAUCGAGGCAUCUUUCAAAGCGUUUGCUCGGGCCCUUCGACAGGCAACAGAGUAUGACCUGCGCCGUCAAGGCACUGUCCCCAGCUCCAAAGGUGUCUUGUCGAGAUCAUAGCAUCGCAGUUUGGACGAACGCAUAUCUUCCACUGCAGCGCACAUCAAUGAGAGGAAAACCUGCAGAGUAGACAGCUUGGUUUUUGCUGCUCACGUUGGGAGCCUGCGUUAGCCUCUGAACAUUGCUAAUGGGAUAAUCAAGAACCAUCUAGCAACUAGCAAGCACCACUUAUUAUCUGCCUUGUGACAGUGGCAUAGCGCGUCUGCUCGCUACUGCAACUCUAUUAUCUGCUCGCUGGAGUUACAGGAUAUCUGAAGAUUGAAGGUCUAGACAUGCUGUGAGCCUGUGACUUUGUAAGCUACACCGGUCAGGAAUAAUGCUGCGUCUGGAUCAUCCGCAGAAACAUAGGGGUAUGUAAAUUGUUUGGACAUUGAAGGGAAUGCAUUGAUCUUUGCGCGUUCAGUUUCUGCCAACAAAUUAACGGGAGAGCUGAGAAAAUACGAGCCCUCCAAUUAUCUGGG